UUGUAAGUGAAAAACAGGAAACCAUGCCGGCCUUGAACACCCAAAACACCAAAAUAAACACAGAAGAAGAAGAGUGUGUCUGUUUCUUUUCUUGCUCUUUCCUCGUUUUGACCAAACAUUUAAUAACACACUUACCAUAUCCAUCAUAUGUAACCUUCAAACCCCAUUAAUUAGUGUCUUAACACGAAGCCCGUUUUUUCCUUUUAAGUUUUGCAGACAUAAUGAAAAACGUUCCAAAACCAAAACCCAAGUUUCUGCACUGUUUCCGACCGGUCGUGGACAUGGACAUGGUGCUCGAGUCGAAAGGUGUAAGGAUUGUUGAGAAGAAGGAGAACAAGAACAAGAACUCUUUGUCGACUAAAACCAUGUCUUUGGACAGAGGGUGCUCUGUCAAGUCAGAGAACACGAAAAUGCCUCCUCCUCCAAACCGAACGUUUUCUCGGGCGAUCAAAGCCGUUGUGUUUGAAACAAUUCUGGCCAAGAGAGCUCGUGAUCGAAAAGGUUACAGGCGAGACUCGUUUGGAUCAAAAAGUUUUUCGGUGAAAAGUGAAGCACCUCUGAAUUUGGGCAGCGAUGAAUUGAUGAAGGUUGAAGAAACCAAACCCAAUUUGGAGACGUUGCAUUCUUCUUCUCCUAGUUCAUUAUCACCAUCAUCAAUAUCACGUUCAAGUUCGAUUUCAGAAUCCAAAAGAUUGCCCAAAAAUUUAUCACACUCAACGAAACAGAGCAAAAAAAACCAACAAGACCCUGCAGUGAAAUCAAGGAACACGCAAAUGAGUUCCUCUGAUUUCAACUCUGGGGUAUAUUUUCUUCUCAUAAGCCUUGCGAUCACGGUGUUUUGGGGCAGGGUCUUUGCAAUCCUUGUCGCAUCAACUUGGCUCUACUUUUUUCCAGGGCGUUAUAAUGCAAGUAAUGUGAAGCCGGAAAACGUGAGAAAGUGGUCGGAGGCAGAGUGCAGAGACAACAACAAGAAGGUCAUAAUGGAAGGGUUGAUUGAAAGGAAGAACCACCACAGCCACAGAGAAAACAGAGGGCAUUAAAUUUUUGACGUGAAAAUUCUCUGUUUCGUGUUUGCUUUUGCUUCUCUGCUUGGAAAGGACAGCAGCAGCGAGUUUAUUGUGUAGGUGCCUUGUGGCAAAAUAGAGGAAGGAAAAAAAAACAGAACAUUCUGUAUCUACAUUUACUUCUCUGUUUUGUCGGUUUCUCAUGUUUUAUGUAGUUAACAAUGUAUUAUACUAGCCAUGCCACAGAAAAUUGCGAGUGGCCAUUUUGUGGUUGAUUGUGUAUUUCUAUAUAUAGUAUCAAUCUGGGAUCA